CAAUUUCACACAGAAAAAGCCCAAACCCCAACAACCUAGGCUUAGUCGUCCUCUUCUCGAAGCGAGCCUCAAUCACUGUUGUUUGAAGGUUUAGGCGAAGGGAAUAAGCAGCAAUGUUGAAGUUCCUAUCUAAGGUGAAGAUCGAAUUCAAUGCUCUCGAUCCACGCUUAGCGUGUUGUAUGGAAUUCUUGGCGCAGUGUAAUGCUUCCAAGGCGAAGGAAUCCAACCCCGCUUGCCAAUUGAUCGUCAAGCGCCGAACAGACGACCACCCUCCCCAGAUCGCCGUCACCUUUGUCAAUGGGGUCGAAGAGGUUUUUGACGCUACCUCUACUCCUGCUCAAACAAUUAGGAGUAUGAUUCUUGAAAAGGGUCAACUCCUUGAGACCGAGCAAAUGUUCCGAGAAGCGGGGGAAGCUUGGCCAGUUAUCAUUCCCGAUGAGGAGCUCAAACAACCCUUUACCGGUAUCAAGCCUAGAAAAGCGGAAGACAAGCAGUAACUUUGUCACAGUUGAUGAAAUUGCGGAUAGAUUGGAAAGAGGGGUGGCAUCUACACUCGUAAUCUUAGGCUGUCAAAUAUAGAAUCAGUUUCCAUGGUUAGGAACAAUAGCGCUGAUUCUGAGAUGUUUUCUGUUUUAAAUUUCGUAGGGAUGCUUCGAAAUCUUUUCUUAGAAUUCCACAUCGGGUUCUAGAUAUGACAUGUGGAUGCUCUGUUGGUUUUCAUAAGCCAUUUAUUUAUGGGAACUCGUUACCAAUACAUCCGAUUCUCGACUUUCUUUUGACUUUUAGUGAAGAAAUGUGCAACUAAUCUUUAAAAAA